AUGCCUGCUGCGCAAUCAGCAGAGCCCUUUCCUAUCCAUUCCCUAAUGAGCAACCGAGAAGUGAAACGUGGCGGUGCGGACAAGGAACCCGAUGUUGAACAGCUGUUUCAUGCGAUAGCUCGCCGAGACCCGUCCAAAAGACAAAUAAAGCCAGUCGCCACCACAGCUCCGCUUGAACUGUUUGAUGAUUUGGACGAUGAUAGCGACAGUGAAUUUGUCUGUGAAGAUCAAGAGGAUGAGGAUACGGAGCAAGAAGAUAGUGAUUCUGCCGACAGCUCCAGCUCGGAUGAGUCAGAUUCCUCGUCAUCCAAUGAGGACGUAGUACAAGCAAACAUGAUGGAAUCCACAGUAGUAUCCGAAAAGCCAUCGGAUCAGGGUGAAAAUGAAGCGACGAUCUCGGAUAAAGAAUUGGACCAAUCCCGGAAUCUACCGGAGGAUGAUCAAAGCACUUUAGCACCAGAAUCGGAGGAUGCCAAAGUGACGACUAAUGUGUGCCUUCAGCCCGCUGUGGGAAAUGUCGCGGCACUGCAGGAAAAAAAGCCAACCAAUUUCCUCGUAUGUAUGGUCUGUUUGGGUGACAGUAACGACCCAAACGACGAACUAAUCGAAUGCGAUGGCUGUGGGAUUGUUGUUCACGAAGAUUGCUACAAGGUGGUUGAUUCAAUUUUCAUGUCUAGUGGGGCCAGCUCCUCUAGCACAGACGCCUGGUUUUGUGAACCUUGUUUGGCUGGUGUUAAGAACCCGUAUUGUGAAUUAUGUCCAAAUACUUUUGGAGCCUUCAAGCGGACUGAUAACAAUCGAUGGGUACACCUGGUUUGCGCUCUGUACACUCCAGGCAUAGCCUUCAACGAUCCCGAUGAUCUGAUGGAUAAACAUGGAUUGUUGUCGGAGCCUGUGAUGGAUGAGAAUACAGCGGACCCAUUCUUUGCCCACUGCCGCCAACACACGGAUAAGGUGGUGGCUCGCCAGCGGCGUCGGAACUAUCUUGCUGCCAUGAGUAGAUGGCGUUGGAAGCGAAAUCAGAUAUCCGAAGCCGCCGCCAGCAUGUCACCUGGAUUGUUGAACUCCCCAGACUUACGUCACUCCUUAACUUCCACUAACGAAACAAUGGCGCAACUGGAGCCACGCGUCCAACGGAAGCUUGAUCAGUUCCGUUCGUUGUAUGAAGAAUUGCUGAAAGUACGCGACAAACCUUACGUACCUACCACCAAAACACCGUUGUUACUCGAACAUUCUCCUUUGGCAAUGCGGCUUUUUGUACUGAAAGCCAAACGUUUGCAGUUGCCACUAGAACUAACCGGCCAGUCGGCCAUAAACGAUUCCAGCAAGGCUCCACCCUCCGGCUAUCCAAUCUUCUCGCCAGAUUUCAUUUCUUAUUUCUUCGAACGCGAGAAACGAAUUGCUGAAGUUAUGAAGCGUAUCUCUGCGUUGCAAGACACACAAAGAGAACUACAGAUUUCGGAUGCCAGUGCUUCACAUAGUUACAAUUCCAUAUCCAGCCAACUGGACAGUCUCGUCACGAGACGAAACACACUGCGUUCACAGUUCUGUCGGAUUAUGUCCAGUUUACAGCAACUGGUUCCUAUAUCCAGCCAACUGGACAGUCUCGUCACGAGACGAAACACACUGCGUUCACAGUUCUGUCGGAUUAUGUCCAGUUUACAGCAACUGGUUCCUGAAAUCAAACCCUCAUCCUUGUUGGAACCGGUGCUUGCAGAGUCCGCAGUCUCUGCAGAAGUUAAAACCGAAGCAGAACACUCAUCGUUAGAGGUUCAGAGUAGGAAUGGACCGCGUUUUGGCCGAGUCUCCAUUGGUCGGAAGGCUGUUCAUGCGACAGAUUCCACGACGCCCGGUGUUCACCGAGGGAUUAAACGACGUGGUACCACACUUAGCCCCACUUCCAACAAACAUGGCAUGUUUGUGGACAAAGAGCGUGUCCUUAGUCGGGCCAGUGGUGCAGUCACUGACAGCGUCAUUCUCGAGCAAUGUUCCUUUUGUACGAAGGCGGUGGCCUCCAACUCAGAAGUGAUUCAGGUUGACGUCAAUGCUCCACGUCAGUUACGCCGCUCUUUAGGCUGUAAUCAGUCUUCUGGGGUCCCGGUUGGUUGUACGGAUAAAUUGGAGGUCAAAGUGGAACUCCUCUCGAAACUGCAAGACAGUAAACCUACCGAGGCCACGGAGGAGGUAACAAUCAAGCCUGAACCUUUGGUCACGGAAUCUUCAAUGUCCUUUCAAGAACCGAAAACCCCUUUUCGCCGAAAAGGGGGCUCUAUCGGCUCAAGUUUCAUCAAAAACAACAGGCCCCGAACCACUGGCCCGACCGCCAAUGCUGCCUCGCGUGACGGGCGCAGUCGCAUGAAGCGGUCCCUUGGAACUCCGCGGUACACACCAAUUCCUGCCAAACGAAUUGCAAGACGAUCUGCACCUUCCAUUUUCAAAUCACGGUCACAAGAAACAGACCUCCCAGUCCAACCUACCAUUCUGAUCACACAGAUUGAUUCCAACCAAUGUGAAACCACCAAGAUACCCGAUUCGACAAACAUCACAUCAAAAUCUUUUGAUGCCUAUGAGUAUCACGCCGAUGCAAACUCAGACGAAGAAAUCACACGGUUGCGUUCUUCCAAAGUUAUCAAAUUCGAACAAAUUCGCGAUCACAGUCGGAAUAGUGACUCGGAGUCGGUGGAACAAAUCGCACCGCUCAAUUUACGCUAUAUAAUCUGCCGCGACAACGGUGGCGCAUAUCAAAAAAAAUCUGCUCCAGAGAGGUUCCGGGUGAAACUGAAGAAGCUCUGACCCCCCUCCCAACAAUGUAUAUUUUCUACCUCGGUGCAUGUACUUGUAUAUUUCAACUCAAUGCUUAUUCGUUCCAUUACUUGGUGUUGUGUGACACUAUUAGAG